AUGAGCAUAAAUUACUUGAAUGUUGAUCAUGCCUUCCUUAGCCGCAAGCUGCAGGCAAAACAAGAAUUAGCUGCUUUCUUCCAGGAGUUGCUGCAGGAGCAUACAAGACAACUUAUUGAGCAGACUCCUGCUGCUGAUUCAGCAGCAAAGGCUUUGGCCUUAAAAUCAUUUCAAUCAAAAUUAGUAACACCAAACAAUGAUAAAAAACUUCCUCUACCAGGAUUAAAGGAAGUGUUGGAGUUUUCUCGUAUGUUUAAAGACGACUUCGUCCUCGAGAAGAUGGAUCUACAAACUCUGCAGGUUAUGUGCAAGUUAUUGGGGCUGCAGCCUUACAGCGUCCGCUCUCAUGUCGUCUUACAGCUUAGGCACCACAUUAACCAUAUACAAAGAGAAGACAGGGAGUUGCUAUGGGAGGGAGUAGAGAGUUUAACUCAUGAAGAAUUAGUUGAGGCAUGCAGAGACAGAGGAAUGAAAUUCUAUAAAACAACAGAUGACGAGAUGAGGGAACAGAUGCGGCAAUGGCUGGAGGUUUCCUCUCACCGAGAUGUUCCUCCUAUUUUGCUGCUGUGGAGCCGCUGCGUCUCCAUGGUGCCUGCAGCACAACUGCAGCCUACAGCAGCAGCAGCAGCAGCUACGGCUGGUGCAGCCGAAGCUGCAGCAGAACCCAGCAUUUCUCUUGCUGCAGUUGCAGGGCAGCAAGCAGCAGCAGACGACAAGAAGAAAGAAGAAGAAGCUGCAGCAGGUGCUGCUGCUGCUGCUGCUGCUGCAGAUGCUGAUACUGAAGCAGAAACUCUUCGCAAAACAGCAAGCUUGGAGGCGAUGACGAAGCAAGUUGAACUGCUUAAGGAAGAGGAGGAAUCUCUUAGACAAACAAUAACAUUGCUACAGGAGGAACGAGCACAGCACGCGCAGAUGCAGAAGAUGCAGAGACACCCGGAGGCCGCAGAAGACGAAUCUGCAGAGAGCGAACCUACCCUUGCUUCUGUUUCACAGGAGAAGCAGCAGGAGCAGCAGCAACAGCAGCAGAAGCAGCAGCUGCAUCGCGAGCAGCAGCAGCAAGUAGGGGAGGCCGACGCCACCGAAACAAAGGAAAGGCGCGACUGUCGGGAUGUGGAGAGAGAACUCCGUCUGCUGCGGCAGCUGACGGACAUUCAGCACGAGCAUGAAGAAAGACAAUUUCAUGUCUUUAAUCAAGUCCAAAUGGCAGUAGAGGCUCUUAAGAGCAAGCUGGCGCCGCCGCCACCCAAGCCAGCUCCAGCAGCAGCAGCAGCAGCAGGAAAAGGCGAAGCAGCAGAUAAAGCCGCAGCAGGCGAACCUGCAACGGGAGAAGCAACAAAAGUACCUGCAGGGGAGGGAGCAGCAGCAGCAGCAGAAGGAGCAGCACCAGAUGCACCAGCAGCAGGAGAAGUACUUGAGGAGGACCCCAAUGAGAUUAUUCGGCAACGCGCUGCCGAGUUGCUGCAUGAUGAGCUAAGGGAGUUAGAAUUAUGCAUGCAAUUAUUAGCGCGGGAAUUCGCAGAAGAUGCAAAAGAAGUCGAACAUUUCAUGACCGACGCGAGGACACCUCCAGAGGAGCUGGAGGCCCCCAAUGACCAGGUAAAAGAAGAGGCAGCAGCAAAUACCGAUCCCCCAGCAAAGACAGACGGAGGCGCUGCAGCAGCAAGCCCAACUGCAUCCAAGAAGGAGUAA